GGAAGGAAUGGCAGGCGAGGCAGGGAAGGAGCGAGCAGGCCGUGGCAGGAGCCAGCCAGGCAGGAGACAGACAUUCCAUCCCGAUCUUCCACGCGUCUGCUCGUACCCAACACUGACCUCAACUUUCAACUCUCAUGUCUGUUGUUCCUGCGGCAACAUUGAUCUGCGGCACGCGACGCCCCUGCCCUACCUGCGAAGUGCACUUUCCAAUUCCGCCGCCCUUCCCCUCCCGUCGCCCAACGGCUGCAAACGCUCUCUGCGGCUAGUGGCGCGCGCGUUCACGCACGAGACCUGCGAAUCGCCCCUCCUAAAAACACCGCUCCCACACCCGCAUCCGCUCACCUGUCUCCCGCCGCCGCUGCUUCUCCGAAUCCUCUUCCCCCCGCGCAUCGCAUCACAUCUCUUCUUCCUCACAAGCAGAGUCCAACGUCGCAUGAGAAUUACAUUGCAGCACAAACACACGCACAUCCGCCCCCGUCUCCAACAUCAUGGCGGCCGACACUGUGGCUCCGGAGCGCCACCAGCCUCCGACCCAUCUUAACCUCAACCUCUCCUCCAACAACCCCUUCCGCAAGCGACUCAGUUCCCACUCCAACUCGCCUCGCAGCGUAGAUCCGACCAUGCAACAAUUCCCUUUCCACGCGAAUAACCCGCCCACUACCACCCUCGCCUCCAAAAACCCCUUUCUCGACCCCAGCGAGAACAAGCAGCAGCCCGUGACGAGCAAUACCACCGCCGUGGAUGACAUCUUUCGCGAGAUGUCAGUCUCCAAUGAGAAAGACAAGCCGGCCUUCUCGAACGGACCCCUCCCUAAGAGAGCAGGUACACAAGGCCCGCAACAACGACCUCCGCCCCUCGACGACAGACGCGACCGACCUGCACCGCGUGGACCCCCGCGCCCCGGCGAUAGCCCAGUGAAGCGACCGACCGAACACCGUCGUCGAGCCUCAGAAUCAUCGGUGAUGGAAGCCGAACGAAAGGAUCGCCAUGGCCGAUCUGAGCGUCCGGGUGACCGCUCCGAUCGCCCCACACGCACCGAGUCGGAAGAGCGCAGGCGCCGCGAAAGACGCCGUGAACGUGAAGAGCGGCAUAAACGUGAAAAAGAACGAAUCGCGGCUGGCGGAAAGCCGCGAAAAGGCCAACGCCAUUUGGAUCUUAUUGACAAGUUGGAUGUCACCGGGGUAUACGGCCAAGGAUUAUUCCAUCACGACGGCCCCUUCGACGCAUGCAACCCUGCGCGUAAUGCGAAGAAAGACCGCCGAGCCCCUAUGCAAGCCUUCCCUGAGGGCUCCAUGAACAUGGCCCUCGGAGGCUCGGGCCCCAACCGCAGCCGCGUCGACCUGGACAAACUCUACGGCCGGGUGGAGGAGAGCUUUAACGACUACGGCGCGACUCGCAAAGCGGACACCACCUCGCGACCCCAAGGACCACCAGAACGAGGCGAGCAAACGCCAUACUUCCACUCUACGGAUCGCACCGAGCCAGUUCACGGCGUCGAAAGCACCGGACUGGGCACCUCGACAUUCCUCGAAGGCGCGCCGGCGAGCAAGAGUGCGCUCCAACGCCACGAAUCCGACGAGAACGCCAUCGAUUCCACCCUAGGCGGUGGCCUGCAGCGGAAGAAAUCCCUCGCUCAGCGUCUGCGCGGCAUGUCCGCCUCUCAAGCCCGACCAGCCAAUCUCGGCAAAUCCCUCCGCACCCCGGAGUCGCGAUGGAACGGCGGGCCAGUCGAGCUCUCCGACGGCCCAGCGCGAGCCACCAGCGCCGGCGGGCCGGCCAAAGCAGUGUACACGAAGGAGAACGAAGUCAACGUCUUCGACAACGAGUACGACCGCGCGUUCGAACGGAGAGGCACGGAGAUCAAGUUCGCGCAGCAGGAAAAGCCGACUUUGUCCUACAACCGGGCACCUGCCAGUCCGCGCGGGGACGGUCUGACUCGCAGUGUGACGGCGGAGGCGGCCAUUGCCAGUCCUACCGAGGAGAAGCCGAGUGUUGGCGGCGGACUGCUGAAUCGCAUGAAGUCGCUCAAGGGCGGCAGGAGGGCACGGCCGGAGCGGAAGGAUUCGACUUCGUGAGGAAGUUCUUGCAUCAAAGAGUGUCUUGUUAGUUUCGGCAUCGUGUAAGAGUGGGCAGAGUGUUUAGGAUAGAGGCUCCCGGAUGGCAAAAAUUGGAAAAAUGGCAUUGCGAGCGCAUUGGAUGCAGAGUGGAAGGCGGAAGGCCUCUGGUCGAGAUGAGAUGCUAGUCAUGGGGCCAGCUGGUUGGUCGCAGACCGCAUCGCAUGCUCCGUCGGCCAUUGGAUAUGGGCGCGGGUUUCGUUUGUCUCGUCAGUUUCAUGUCCAUUCCCAUCAUAUCCAUUCCGCAGAGAAUAGGGGAUCAAGAAUAGAGGCGGG